ACCUUGUUCAAGAUGUGGCAAUACAUUCGCAACAAACCAAAAAUUCAAGUAUCAUUUAACUGAAAGAAAGUACUCUUGUGCACCUCGAAAUAUAUUACAAGCAACUGUGCCAGUUUCUAGCUCUGAACUCUUGUCUAAUUUAGAUUCGCAAUUUCAAGUAGUAAAAGAUCCCAAUGCUAGAAAAUCAGGCGAGUCUGUUAAACAAUGGGGAUCGAGAUUACAAAAAAAAGUCAAAGAAUUAGGUGACAAGGAUCGUGGUCAGCCAAAAAUUUUGGCCAAAACCAAAGCUCUUUAUGAUGAAUUAUUGCAACUGGAUCCAAAUGCAUAUUUCCGACCUGCAACAGAAGAAGAAAAGCAUGAAGAGCAAGAAUUUUUUGAUAAACCUGAAAUCGAGGAAGCAAAUCUUCAGCGCUCUUGUACCCAAGCUCAUCGUGAAGAAUUGCCUAUUCACGAAAAAGGAUUUCUAGAUUUAGAUAUAGAAGUACCAUGGCCAGUUCAAUUUCCAUAUAAUGAAGAGCAUCGUGUAAUAUGGCAAAAUGGAAUUCAGAUCGCAAAAAAUAUGUUUAAAGUAGAUGGAGCCGAAUAUACUUUCUCAACCUGGUUUACAGAAGCUAAAGAGAUAGAUUUGGCCAGUGUAAUAUUAGGAGCAGAAAAUGAAGAUGAAGCUAUGCAGGAGGUAUAUUUACAAUAUUUAUAUCAGAAUUAUUCAGAAGAAGAAGAAAUCAAUAGAAUCAUAAAAUUGGCAGUAGAUGCUUAUAGAGCAUCAGAUAAAGGAAGUAAAGCCUGGUUAGAACGUGCUGGGAUAACUGAAAAGCGGGCUCAAGAAAUUUUAAAUGCGAUCGAUAAUGGCAAGUUCUUAAUAAAGGUAAAAUUCAUUCGAGAUGAUUCUGUAUAUAGAGAUAAAUCUCAAACAAAGAUUGCUUUUAAAAUUAUUGAUAAAUAUGAGUCUAUUCGUGAAUCAAAAAAGGCAGGUAGAAAAUACGUCGGGGGUGGUCCAAACGUUAUACUUACAAAGAAAUCGAAACCAAGAUUUUGGGUAGAAAUAGAUGAAAAAUUUUUGGUUAGAGAAGUCAGUGAGCAAUCUGAGCGAGGGUAUGGACUCACAGAAAUUCGUCGGCAAAAAAUAAAUCAUUGGGAGAAAAAAAUGCGCAUUCCAGAUGCUCGAGUACAAGAUGUAGCAGAGUUAGAAAAAAUUCUUAAACGACUGAUUAAAUUACUUGAUAUAACUCAUGGUACUAUAUUUAAUAGUGGAAAGUAUCAAUCAGGUAAGUAUAAAGAAAUCGGAAUGGAAGCUAUCAGUAAUGCCCUUAGGGGACCUCAAGCAAUCUGGCUUAUGAGAGUGGGGGAUACGAGUCAAACAAUAUCCCAGUUUGUUCUAGAAGAUGGUCGCACAUUUAGAACAUGGAAAAAGCAUACAGAAAUUAUAGAAGCAUGCAAACAACUGGUCAAUGAUACAAUAGAUUGGCAAUAUCAGGAAAGAAUAAUCAAUAAAGAAAAGAAAUCGAUUCUUUCAGAGUCUCUAAAAGUUGUUGAUUUAGCAGAGCAGCCUGUGUCGAGCAUGGGCAUAGUGGAUGCUAGAAUGCACCCGAUUAUUACGUCAAUGAUGCGUUCAGACAUCCAACACACUACUUUGUUCGAGUUGUGUGGAGAAGGAUGUGGGAAAGAAAAAGGAUGGGCAUCUAUUGCACUUCUACGAUAUCUUUUUGAGUUUGGUAUUCUAGAAAGUGUGACUAUUGGAAAGGCAAUAAUUUCUCUUACUAAACAGACCAAAGUAUGGCUACCUAGAAAUCGAGAUAUUAGUUGUGCAAUUAUAGGUAAGUUUACACAAGAUGGCAAGAUUGAUGAAAAACGCCUUACUCAUCGACUUGUAACAGAUGAAGGUGAGCUUGAUUUCUUGAUCAAAGAUUGUACUGAUGCUGGAACUUUUGCCGGAAGAAACAAAUAUCUACUCGGAUUUAUACUUACAUAUUACAAGGGAUAUCAACCUCAAUAUACAUAUUUGCGGGCCUCAAUAUUAGCAUAUGCGCAUAUUAAUUUGUUAGAGAUGCUUCAGAGAUUUGAUCUUAAUGAAGUAGUAAGGAUUGCUACAGAUUCUAUAUAUAUACGAAAAGAGGCUUUAUAUAAGAUCAAAAAUAUACCGGCAUUUUUCAAGCAAGUUGAGAAUAGUUUUAUAGACCAGACUCCUAUGCUCUUUCACAUCAACCAGAAGAACAAGAAAUCCGAGAAAUUUAAUCCGGUCAAUGGCGUGACAAAGAAUAGGCAUUGGGAAUCGAUCAAAAAUAUUCCUGAAAAUACAGCACCCUCGAUUCAUGAUCCUAUUACAAGAUGUCAGAAAUCAUAUCUUAAUGGAGGAGGUGGUUCAGGAAAAACAACAUAUGCAAUUCGAAUUUUCAAAAAUAUAAACAUGGUUGUAUUUACUCAUACAAAUACAUUAACUAAAGAUUUUCAAGAAAAACGUGAUAUAAAAGCUCAAACCUGGCAUAGUUUCUUCAGAUGGAAUGGAGUGGGAGAGUGGACACCUGAACAACAUAAAUACCAGGUAAUUUGUUGUGGUGACGAUGCACAACCUCCGCUAUUCUUCGGAAAAAUGCUACAUAAUUGGUUAAAAGAGCAUGCUGAUUAUUACAAAGAAGAACGUCUCGAAAAGGAAUAUACUCCCUCAGAUUGUAUAUUAUCAGCACAUCACCUAUCUCAAAGAAUUGUAUCACAAAAAUACCUUGAACUCCAUCGUAUUAAAUAUCUAGAUCUACCGGUUCCACUAAUAUAUAGGCCAAGAGAUGGACGUAAACAAAACUGCCUCAUUUCAAUUCCUGGUUCAUCUGAGAAACAAGAACUAGUAAAAAAUGAUAUAGUAUAUUUACCAUUGAAUACACUUCCUGAAAAGUUUAUAAAAGAUAUAUGUGCUUUAACACUAACUCCAUUAUUAACUGAAGAAAAAAUACUUGAUUGA